UUGAUCAUACACAUUGUUCCUAACUUUUUAAAACUAAAGAAAGUUAGAACUAUAAUACAUAUAAGGGCAUAUAAUAUUAUUUAAGGACUUUUGAUAAAUUUAGUACAUUCUUUGCCAGAUAAAUUGAAAAUUCAAUUUAUUAGAUGUUUUGUUAAUUUGUUUCUAUGUAAAAAAUUGGGAAAUGUUACUUUUAUCAAAUUAAGAGAGAUUACAUAUAAAAAUAAAUUCCUGAAUCGGUGUGUAUCUUAAAAACACUCAACGAUGUCGUUCCUCAGAGGUUCGGAAAAUUAUGUUUGGUGUACCACAAGUGUACUAGGCAAGGGUGCAACUGGUGCAGUGUUUCAAGGUGUCAAUAAGAAUAACGGCGAACCGGUGGCAGUUAAAACAUUUAACCAGUUAAGUCACAUGAGACCUCCUGAUGUGCAGAUGCGAGAAUUUGAAGUUCUAAAAAAAGUUAAACAUGAAAAUAUUGUAAAGCUACUUGCUAUAGAAGAGGAACAGGAGGGUAGGGGAAAGGUUAUAGUAAUGGAAUUAUGCACUGGUGGUAGCUUGUUUAAUAUUCUUGAUGACCCUGAAAAUACUUAUGGACUACAAGAACAAGAAUUUCUCUUGGUUUUGGAACACUUGACUGCUGGAAUGAAACAUUUAAGGGAUAACAACUUAGUGCAUAGAGAUUUAAAACCUGGUAAUAUAAUGAAGUUUAUUAAUGAGGAUGGCAGUACUACUUAUAAGCUUACAGACUUUGGAGCAGCUAGAGAAUUGCAAGAGGAGGAACAGUUUGUAUCACUUUAUGGUACAGAGGAAUAUUUGCACCCAGACAUGUAUGAGAGGGCUGUUUUAAGAAAGCCAGUAGGAAAAAGUUUUGGUGCUACUGUUGACUUGUGGUCUAUUGGAGUCACAUUGUAUCAUGUUGCUACUGGCCAGUUGCCCUUUAGGCCAUUUGGUGGAAGGAGGAAUAAAGAGACCAUGUUCUUUAUUACAACAAAGAAAGCAUCUGGUGUUAUAUCUGGUACACAAACAACAGACAAUGGGCCUAUAGAAUGGUCCCGGGAAUUACCACCUCACUGUCAGCUAAGCACAGGACUCAAAAAGCUGGUAACACCUCUCUUGGCUGGCUUGCUUGAGGUAGACCCACAUAGAAUUUGGACAUUUGAGAGAUUCUUCUCCGAGGUUCAGACUGUUACAUCUACAAAGCCUGUGCACAUAUUUCAUGUAAACAAGGCCUGUGUUAUUAAGGUGUUUUUGAAACCAGAAGAGAAGUUCGAACAUCUACAGACCUACAUCUGUGAGCAGACAUCUGUCGUAGCAGAGACACAAAUAUUGCUGUAUCAGGAGAAAUUAAUUCUUAAUGAAAUUGAUGAAAAUACACCUGGCAAGAAUUACCCAGAUACAACAGAUAAUGAUCCCUUGAUGCUUUUCAACAAGAAUGACAACUAUGUUAAUAUGCCCCAGGAGCCAGAAGCUCCUAAAUUUCCUGCUUUCCCAACAAUUAUUUCGGUUGAGAAUGAUGCCACACAAGCCAAGACGGCGUGUAGUGUGGGACACGUUAUAAAGAGGCGUGUGGAAGACCUUUGUCGGGCGUCCCAAUUGUGUGCGCUGUGCGUUGCGCGAUGGGGUUCACUGCUCACCACCCGCCUGCGAGACACCGCCUCGCGAGCCACCGCCCUCGCCUCCAAUGCUCAGCGCUUACACGACGCGGCGCGCGCCCUCGACCUCGCCGCCGCCGCCCUGCGCCACGCCGCACCUCUCACGAGUCACGAGGCAGAGCAGUGGGCGGGCAGCGCGUCGCUCCUUGCGGCGGAAGCGGAGUCUUUGCGCGCUGGUGCGGCGGGACUGCGGACCCGACACGCGGGCGGGGCCUUGCGUGCCGAGUGGGACGAGGCGCUGACGCACGCGGCAUGCCCGGCGCGCCUGCGACUGGCGGAGCGCGCGGGAUCUUUAGUGCUACGACUGCGAGACUCGUGGCAGCAUUUAGUGCGCGACAGGGCCACGCGCUCGCUGACGUACAACGACGAGCAGUUUCACGUGUUGGAGCGGAUCACGGUAGCGGAAACGGGGCGUCGAGCGCGCGCCCUGUUACAACGAGCUGCGCCAUUGGCACGCGCACGAGCGAUGGCCAUCGCCGACUGGUAUAAAGUGGCGCAGACCGUGUAUUUGCAGACGCAGAUCCUCGACAAGGACGUGGCCAGCGCCGACCUUAAAUUGCUGGCGCUAACCGCCCGUCUGCAGGAUGCCGAGAUUAAGAUGCGCGCGCGCAUACAGCAGUUGAACUCGACAAAAGCGGAACCAACAAGUCGCACAUCGGGUGUCGUGGAGGGUACGCGGGGGACGAGUGUCGCUGGCGUGGUAGGAGCGUCCGGAGCUGGCGUGCGCGCGCUGUCAGCGUGCGGAGAUGACGUAGCCGCGGGCCUAGCGACCAACUCGAUGCUGCUGGCGGACCUGUUGCGGCUUACGCGCGAGUUGCGCAGCUAGCGGCCACCUUCCGACCUCCACUCGUACUCGAGCUCGGAGGAGGCGCUCAGCUCGCUGGAUUCGCCCGCGCACACUGCCAUCUACCGCCCUUCGCCCCCCGUUCCUCCCGCAAGGACCUCGUGUGUUUUAUCCUAGGGUUAUUCAGUUUACUGUUACAUAUCAUACGUCUGGCAUUUGUGGCACAAAAAAGAUUUUCUCCGUAUCCGCCAGGCCUUUUUCCUUUUACUUGUAAAUUGGAUUAUAAAAAAUUCGGUGAUACAACGCGGGCGUAAUUUUAAAGUAAAUUUAUUAUUCAACGAUUAAGCCAUUUUCUAUUGUUUAAUGGGUUAUAAAGACAAGCAAUAAAUUUUAGAGAAGUCUAAAAACUUAAAAGCUUUAGAAGUUGAAACCUAUUCCAAAUUGUAAUAAAUAUGUAGAUAGGAUAAUUAAUAUUUGUAUUUACAUUUUUUACUACAGAAGUAUUAUAUUGUAUUUUGAAAUUUAACUUCUUAUGUUAAAUCAUUUUUUUUAAUAAUUAACCAAAACUGUGAUGAUAGUAUUGGGGUGGUUGUAAUCUCUUACAGGUGUAACAAUUUUUUUGUUCUUCAGCUAACGACAACAUACACACCUCACCAUUAUAAUAAAAAAAUAUAUUUAAAUAAUACAAAAUGUGGA